AUGUCGACUCCCGUUAGCCCCGUGGAGCAUAAGCUGCCGACGCGCUCGGCGACCGUGAGCAGCAGCUUGACCCGCCAGACAUCCGUCAGUGACGAUGAAGCGAUUCCCGACACCGAUAGCAACGAGACCACCAAUCUCCUAUUGGAGCGUCUGCGUGCAUGGAAGCACGUGUGCGGAAACCUCGAGGAUUACGUCUCCAUGACGGCCAAAAUUUCCAAAUCCCAGUCCAAGGACCAUGAGAAGAUCUUGAAGACCGUGAGCGAACCUCUGAAGGAAGGCAACCAGUUCAGUUCCAGCUCUGGUGGUGUGACUGGUCUGUUUGAGAACAUGCGGAACAACACGCAGGGAAUGAUCAACAUGUACCUCGAGACCGAGCAGAACCUCAAGGGCAGCGUGCUCCCUACCUUGGAGCGCCUGCACAAGGAAAUCAAGGCCAAGUCCAAGGAGCUCAAGUCUGGGGCUGUCAAGGGUGCCAAGGCCGUUGAGAAGGCCCGACAGGCGACCCAGAAGCACAUUGAGCUGCUAGGCCAGCACUCAGCCUCGCAUGAUGCUGCCGCUCGCAACAAGAUCGAGACGCACCACGACCCUUACAUCCUCCGUCGCGGUAUCAACCACCGCUUGAACAAGCAGGUCACCGAGGAGAACAACCACCGCAAUGAUAUUCUAGCCGUCCAGAACUCCUUCGCCCAGUUCGAGGCUCACGUCCUCCAGACCAUUCAGGGCGCUCUGGACCAGUUCUUCCAGUUCAUGGGCGGCCAGCUCGACCGCCAGCGAGCCAUGUACGCCGACAUUCUGGGUACUGCUCAGCUCAUCCCCGCCGACUUUGAGUGGAUGAACUUCUGUGUGAGCCACGAUGCCAAGCUAGUCAACCCCGACUCGCCGCCACGCUCCUUUUCUAGCAUCACCUACCCCAACAUGGACCACCGCUCCACGCAGCCUCUAAUUGAGGGCUCCUUGGAGCGCCGCUCACGUGCCAUCAUCAAGGGUUACAGCACAGGCUAUUACGUCGUGACGCCUGCAGGUUACCUGCACGAGUUCAACGAUACUGAUGAUUUCCGCAAGGACCCUACCCCGGAGCUGUCGCUGUACCUACCCGACUGCAUUGUCGGCGCUAUUGACGGUGUCAAGUUCAACGUCAAAGGCAAGGACGUGUCCAGCGGCAAGGUUGGUAAUGCGUUCCACACUACCACCGAGUUGAGCUUCAAGGCACACAGCCCCAACGACGCUGAGAAGUGGUGGACCGUCAUCAAGGACUGCACUCGCGGCCCCGUUGCAGCCGCUCCUGCUGUCUCCUCUGCUCUCGCUACCUCCCCCGUGAGCCCUAUUGCUACCAGCCCCACGGCUACCAGUCCUGCAGCUGUCAGCCCAGCCGGUCCCUCCUCGGCCGAGCCCCCUGUCUAUGCCGAAAAGGAGAAAGCAGCUGCCGCCGCCGCCAGCUCUUCUGCUGCAGCCGCUCCCGCUGCGGAGAAAACCAUCGAUGCAAAAGACCACGCGGCCGCUAGCCCAACGGCCGGUUUGAGCCGCACAACCAGCACGGGCAGCCACUUCCACGGCUCUCCAGGUGGCUCCGCAGUGCAGGAGAAGUCAUGA